AUGGCCCACGAGCUGCCACUGGUCGUCGACAAUGGCACGGGCUUCGUCAAGACGGGCUAUGCUGGCUCGAACUUCCCGGAGUUCUCAUUCCCUAGCAUCAUCGGACGGCCCAUCUUGCGAGCAGAAGAGCGUGGAGCGGCUCCUUCCACGACAAACAUACGGGACAUCAUGAUUGGCGACGAGGCAUCCGAGUUCCGGAGCUACUUACAGCUCACCCAGCCCAUGGAGCACGGCAUCGUGAGGGACUGGAACGAUAUGAAGCUCCUCUGGGAUUACACCUUUCACGAGAAACUCAAAGUCGACACGAGGGAUCGGAAAGUGUUGCUCACCGAACCUCCCAUGAAUCCCGUCAAGAACAGGGAGAGGAUGGCAGAAGUCAUGUUCGAAGAGUAUCAGUUCGGCGGCAUCUAUGUUGCCAUCCAGGCCGUUCUCACCCUCUACGCUCAAGGUCUCCAGAGCGGCGUCGUCGUCGAUUCGGGCGACGGUGUGACCCACAUCGUUCCGGUCUACGAUGGCUUCGCGCUGCCCCAUCUCACAAAGAGACUCGACGUAGCCGGACGAGAUGUGACGCGCUACCUGAUCAAACUGUUGCUCAUGAAAGGUUACGCCUUUAACCGUACUGCCGACUUCGAGACCGUGCGACAGAUCAAGGAGAGAUUCUGCUAUGUCAGCUACGAUCUCGCGCUCGACAAACGGCUGGCAGAAGAGACCACUGUUCUCGUAGAGACUUACACCCUGCCGGAUGGGCGGACCAUCAAGAUAUCCUCGGAGCGCUACGAAGCGCCCGAAUGCAUGUUCCAGCCCCAUCUCGUCGACGUCGAACAGCCAGGUGUCGCGGAACUUGUUUUUGACACUGUUCAAGCUGCGCCUGUCGAUGUUCGCACUGAGCUCUACAAGCACAUCGUACUCUCGGGCGGUUCGAGCAUGUACCCGGGUCUGCCGAGCAGACUGGAGAAAGAGAUCAAGCAGCUCUACCUGACCAAGGUACUCGGAAACAGCCCCGAGCGACUCAAUAAAUUCAAGCUGCGGAUAGAGGAUCCACCUCGAAGGAAACAUAUGGUCUUCCUGGGCGGUGCCGUACUGGCAGAUAUCAUGAAAGACAAGGAAGCCUUCUGGGUGACGCGAGACGAGUGGCAAGAGCUAGGGCCACAGAGAGCGCUGGCCAAGCUGGGUAAGAACUCGGGCUAG